AUGGGCGAGAAAGGACCAGAAACAAAUGGCCACAAAGAGGAGGGCGAUGCAGAAGUAAUUAAUACAGGCGAAGGAGAUCCUUACCAGCAAGUCGAAGGCAAUCCUAACAGAUUCUCCUUGCAUUCCAACCUCAGCAUUGGCGGAGGUAAAGCAAGCGGCACUUACUCCAUUCCGCAAGAAGCUCAGGACAUCUUCGUGAACGAGAUUCUAUACAAUGGCCUGCUUCCAAAGCUUCCGCAGGAGAUCAAGGAUGCUGGCAAACUAGUCAAGUUCACUGGCAGCGACGUGCCCAGCAUACCGAUUAAUUGGCGAUUUGCGGAGAGUGUGUCAGCUUUGAAGGCGUUCGAGGCGAGCAUGCUCAAUGUUUUACGGCAGCGGAAGUAUGGAAGCGAGCUGUCGGAAGUGACGAUCGAUACGGAUCAUGCUUCGUUGUUUGUAAUGAGUCCGUUUGUUGCCAAGGUUGUCGAGAAUGGCGAAGUGAAGCCAAUGGGCAAGGACUGGCUCAACCCCAAAGUACUCGCGGAGUACGGAUUCCCUAAUGCUGACAUCCAUCGGGCUGGAGCGUCGCCUCACAGAGUAUUGGCCACGAACAUUUAUGAGACGAAAGAUGGCCGCUUCUAUCACUGCCAUGGCAGUAUGAAUCCUGAUCCGACUCUUGAAGCGCUCGGCAUGGAUCUUGACGGCGAUCCAAAUGAAGAGUACGAGUCCGUGACGAAGCGAUUCCAAGAAGUUGUUGGCAAAUUUCACUCCGCAGAGCUUGACACUCUCAUGAAUGACCAAUAUCGCCAAGCCGGAACCGUCGCACACUCGACCGAGGAGUUCGUGGCAACAGAACACGGCAAGGCGAAUGCGCACGUGGGUCUUUACGAGGUCAGACCGUCCCAAACGAAACAGCCAGCAUCGUGGUGGCCGGAGAACGACUCAAUGCCUUCAUCAGCAGAAAGGCCGUUGGCAGGACUAAAGGUGGUCGACUUGACCCGAGUCAUCGCAGCACCGACCAUAACUCGCAGCCUUGCAGAGAUGGGAGCCAGCGUGAUGCGCAUCACCGCUCCGCAUUUGACAGACCUCUCUGGGGUGCAUCAAGACUUGAAUUGGGGCAAGUGGACAGCUUUCCUGGACUUGAAGCAAGAAGACGACCGCAAGAGACUAAUAGAUCUGAUCCGACAUGCUGAUGUCGUGGUCGAAGGGUACCGACCAGGUGUCAUGGAGAAGUAUGGACUGAGCCGGAACGACAUCUUUGAGCUCGUGAAAGAGCGUGAUCGUGGCAUCAUCCAUGUGAAGGAGAACUGCUAUGGCUGGAAUGGACCAUGGCGGAAUCGCAGUGGGUGGCAGCAGAUCAGUGAUGCUUGCUGUGGUGUCUCAUUGGAGUAUGGUCGAGCGAUGGGGCACAACGAAGCGGUGACGCCUGUAUUUCCAAACUCAGAUUACUGCACCGGCGUAAUCGGUUCAUCAGCAGUCCUGCACGCUCUCAUCCGACGAGGUGAAGAAGGAGGCUCGUACGGUAUCGACACGGCGCUCAACUACUACUCCCAGUGGCUCGUGAAGUCGGUUGGCGAGUACCCCAAAGAUAUCUGGCAAGACGUGUGGGAGCAACACGAAAAGCCGGUAUUCCACAACUACCAUGCGAUGUCGUACCUCUUGCCGAAGAUGCUGGCUUUGCUGCAUAAGAAUGCCUCAAAGAAUCUUUUCAAGGACGAGUUCUUCGAAAAGCGAGAGUCGAAAGCUGUAGGCCACGAGUUUCUGCAGGUGAAGCCGAUUGCGCAGUUCAAGGACAAAGUUGAGCUCCGGUACAAUAUCGGGACGAGAGGUAAUGGCUACGAUAAACCAUUUUGGCCGGAAGAUCUUGGCGUUGAGGUUGUAGCUUAG